AUGGCUGUUGAUGACGAAACCCAGAACGAGUACGAGGAAAAUGGGCUGACGGGGCCGGGCGCACCAACACCACUGUCUGCGUUGGAAGGAGUCAAUGGCCUGACUGCGCGGGACAUUAAGCUGGUGAUUGAGGGCGGGUAUCACACUAUUGAGUCGGUUGCAUACACACCUAAACGGUUGCUAGAACAGAUCAAGGGUAUAUCUGAACAGAAGGCAACAAAGAUCCUUGCGGAGGCAUCAAAAAUCGUGCCUAUGGGUUUCACAACUGCGACAGAGAUGCAUGCUCGACGAACCGACUUGAUAUGUAUAACUACAGGAUCUAAGCAGUUGGAUACUCUCCUUGCUGGAGGCAUUGAAACUGGCUCCAUAACUGAGAUUUUCGGAGAGUUCAGAACGGGAAAAAGUCAAAUUUGUCAUACUUUAGCUGUAACUUGUCAACUACCCUUUGACAUGGGUGGCGGGGAAGGGAAAUGUCUAUACAUUGAUACUGAGGGUACAUUCCGCCCAAUCCGGUUACUAUCCGUCGCUCAGCGCUAUGGACUUGUCGGUGAAGAGGUGCUCGACAACAUCGCCUAUGCCAGGGCCUACAACUCCGACCACCAACUGCAGCUGCUUAACCAAGCGUCGCAGAUGAUGUGUGAAACUCGAUUUUCUCUGCUUAUUGUCGACUCCGCUACCGCACUGUACCGGACUGACUUCAGUGGGCGGGGCGAGCUGUCGAAUCGACAGAUCCACCUUGCGAAGUUCAUGCGGGCACUGCGACGUCUGGCUGAUGAGUUUGGCAUUGCGGUUGUUAUCACCAACCAAGUCGUUGCGCAGGUGGAUGGUGGGCCAAGUGCUAUGUUCAACCCGGACCCGAAGAAGCCGAUUGGAGGCAAUAUCAUUGCCCACGCUAGCACAACGAGGUUGAGUUUGAAGAAGGGUAGAGGUGAGACCAGGAUCUGCAAGAUUUAUGACAGUCCCUGUCUUCCUGAGAGUGACUGUCUAUUUGCAAUUGGUGAGGAUGGGAUCGGAGAUCCGAGUCCGAAGGAUUUGGAGAAGGAUUGA